AUGACGUCCACCUGCACCAACAGCACACGCGAAAGCAACAGCAGCCACACGUGCCUGCCCCUUUCCAAAAUGCCCAUCAGCCUGGCUCACGGCAUCAUCCGCUCGAGCGUGCUGCUCAUCUUCCUCACCGCCUCCUUCGUCGGCAACAUAGUGCUGGCGCUCGUGUUGCAGCGCAAGCCGCAGCUGCUGCAGGUCACCAACCGCUUCAUCUUUAACCUCCUCGUCACUGACCUGCUGCAGAUUUCGCUCGUGGCCCCCUGGGUGGUGGCCACUUCCGUGCCUCUCUUCUGGCCCCUCAACAGCCACUUCUGUACCGCCCUGGUGAGCCUCACUCACCUGUUCGCCUUUGCCAGUGUCAACACCAUCGUGGUGGUGUCCGUGGAUCGCUACCUGUCCAUCAUCCACCCCCUCUCCUACCCCGCCAAGAUGACCCCGCGCCGGGGGUACAUGCUCCUCUACGGCACCUGGAUCGUGGCCAUCCUGCAGAGCACACCCCCUCUCUACGGCUGGGGCCAGGCUGCCUUUGACCAGCGCAAUGCCCUCUGCUCCAUGAUCUGGGGGGCCAGCCCCAGCUACACCAUUCUCAGCGUGGUGUCCUUCAUCAUCAUUCCACUGGUGGUCAUGAUUGCCUGCUACUCCGUGGUGUUCGGUGCGGCCCGGCGGCAGCAUGCUCUGCUGUACAACGUCAAGAGCCACAGCUUGGAGGUUCGGGCCAAGGACCGCGUGGAGAAUGAAGUUGAAGAGGGAGAGAGGAAGGAUGCGAUCCGUGGCCAGCAUGGAGGUGAGGUCAAGGUCCAGGAGGGCGGCGUGGAGGCCAAGGAAGGGAGCGUGGAGAGCAGUUCGGGGAGCACGGCCAAGGGCAGCGAGGGGGUCAGAGAAUGCAGCUCGGUGGUGGCCGGGGAAGGCAGCGCGGAGGGCAAGGAAGAGGGCAGCCUGAAGGCAGACAAGGGCCGCACGGAGGAAGGCCAGUGCAACAUCGACCUGGGUGAAGAUGACAUGGAGUUUGGCGAGGAGGCCAUCAAUUUCAGUGAGGAUGACAUCGAGGCCGUGAACAUCCCAGAGAGUCUCCCGCCCAGUCGCCGAAACAGCGCCAGCGACCCUCCUCUGCCCAGGUGCUACCAGUGCAAAGCUGCGAAAGUGAUCUUCCUCAUCAUUUUCUCCUACGUGCUGUCUCUGGGGCCCUACUGCUUCCUAGCAGUCCUGGCUGUGUGGGUGGAUGUCCAAACCAAGGUACCCCAGUGGGUGAUCACCAUCAUCAUCUGGCUUUUCUUCCUACAGUGCUGCAUCCACCCGUACAUCUACGGCUACAUGCACAAGACCAUCAAGAAGGAAAUCCAGGAUAUGCUGAAGAAGUUCUUCUGCAAGGAAAAGCCCCCAAAAGAAGACAGCCACCCAGACCUGCCGGGAACAGAAGCCGGCACAGAGGGUGGGACCGAAGGCAAGACCAUCCCUUCCCAUGAUUCUGCCAUUUCGCCUUGAAGCUAGUUCGAAGGCAAAGCUUGAACCGUGCACAGUGCAGAAACAGGAGCAGCUUUGUUUUCCGCGGACCGCCCCCAAUCCCGGUAACGCCAACCCAUACCAUUUCAGGCAAAGGCCUUGCACACAUCCUUCUCACCGCCAGAUAGAGAAACAUGUGGAAGAGGUAGGAACUGGAGUUUUCCCUUAGAAGUGUGUCCCUCAAAGCGCAGACUUGAGGAUUCUGACUGAAAUAUCCCCCCCCAAAAAAAGUAUUAGGCUCUAAAUUUCUUAAAGCAACAAGGGCUAUCCACUUUGGACCUGUGUCUGUCUCCCCAGAGCUACAGCGUGUCAGCUUUUGCUCUGAGGAAAAAGGAAGAUGAUGCCUGUGAACUUAAGGACUUUUAGGCCCUCAGGUCAAGAGAUUAUGGGUAAGGGCUACAGCCUGUGUUCAACUGAAAGAAAAGCAGCGGACCAAAUCAUUCAUGGAGCCCAAGAAGCAGAACCCCACUGACUGAUCAAUGUACGAGUCAAGUUCUAAACUGAAGAGACCCACGAUCUGGUGUAAAGACUAUUAUGGAAACUAAGGCAAAGGGCAUCGUGUAGUUAAAAUACCAAGAAAGUUUCUAGAUCCUCGAAAGGGAUCCAGAAAAGCAGAACAGGAUAUUAGGGCAUGUUUGAAAUGGGAAGGUAGUCCAAGGGAAAAGGUAGAGAAAUAACACACAUCCAUGAGGCUAAACAGUUGGCUCUUUUCCGUAAAACCCUGGGUUUGUGCUCGGGCUGGGACCCAGGUCAUUCCACGCAAAUGGAAAAUUGUCAAUUGACACUAAAACUAUUUUCUGUCUCCUAUUCGAAUAAUAGUGAGACAGAAAGCAUGCCACAAUUUCACAGUUUUCCCUUUGUGAUUGAAUCGGGAUGCUCAUAAGAAUCCUCCAAAUCUCCUCUGCCAGUCACUUGUUCGGGGGUGGGGGUGCGGGGGUUCCCAAAUAGGCCUUUUUGGUCAAACAGUAUUUCCAGAAAAAAAAAAAAAAGAAAGAAAGAAACGUGACUGGGAGUGGCUAAAAGUUUACAAAACUCACACUGCCAAUCAAGAGUGAUGUGGCCAUUAGAAAUCUCUUUUGUGUCCGUGGGAUCAUAGACAAGUGACAUGACCUCCACGUGGGGAGCAAGUAAGACAGGCUAAACAUUUUCCUUCCUCCAGGCACACCCAUGUGUCUUUUCCACCUGUGGCUCUCUCUAAAGCCUUUAAGCUCCCUGCAGAUGUGGAAGAGAAAUAGAAGAGAGUCAGAAAUAGCAGAGACGGUGGUUUCACAAUACCUGGCAAGCAUCUGACCUAUUUCAAACAAUCCUAAGUGAAAGCAUUCAGGUCAGACAUAUCCUAAGUAUUGCUACUGAAAUACGUUGCUUUGGCAAAGACUUCACAAUACCUAAAUUAUCCCCAGGGUCAAUACAGAGGAAGGCUCUUUCACAUCUCAAACCCCAAAAUCACUUUGGGUCAGGAUAUGCCUGUGUAUUUCUGAGGGCACAGACCACAUUGACAUGACCAAAUAAACAUGGACCCCCAAAAUGGUCAAGACAGUGUUUUUGAUCCUCCUGAUGAUCAAAUGAAAGCAACUCCAUGGCCAGUCAACUGUUCAUGCAGAAAGCCAACAUUAAUAUGGGUGGAGGGAGAGGAGGGGGUAUUUGGUUGAAAAAUGGUUCGUCGGGUGGUUGUACAUAAAGAUGGCCAUAUUCAGAGUUUAGCCUCAUUCUUGUGUGAUUACCAUGUCUAUAUUAGAACUCAAAUUUCAUUCAUGUAAAGGACCAACUCAUUGAAUUUUUUUAUCUCUUCCUCCUCACAGAUUCCAACAUGAGCUUCUCAAGGGGGAGAGGUAAACAGCAGUGUAUGUGGGCUAUGAAUAAGUCUGCGUGGAAACUUGGGAUUGCCACGUUCAGAAUUUAGGAAAGGAGAGGGGGAUAGAGGCAAACGGUACUGAGCUGGCCUGUCGACUCAGUGUGUCCGUGAAAAUCUUAUCAGUUCCAACCUCAUUACCCUGGAGCGUGUGGUAAUUCUGACAAGUGUGGGCUGAAGUUUCCCCUUGCACUAUCCUUUAUUUUUCUACUAAAAUGUAUAAAGUGAAUUAAUAGUCAUAAAUUUAUUAUACCAAUUUAUUGCCAAACUCUCACAGUGACCUGUCCUCAAAGGAUAGCUGGGUGGAGAAAUGGCCCGUGUGGCCAGGCCUCUUAAUACGGGGGAAGGGUAUCGCCUUGAAGGUCUGUCAUGGUCAAAACAGUUCAAAGUAGCGAGAGCCUGUCCUUUGAGUAGAAAUGCUUACCUGGGUAGGAAACAGGAUUUCCAACACACGUGUCUCCAAAUAUUUUGUUGAAACUGAACUUCUUGUUUUAUUUUUUAAAGCUCAACCCCUUCAAAGUGUAUCAGAGAAAAUUGUUUGCCAAAAUCCCAAAUCAAAAUGGAACCAGAGCCUGUCCGAGUGUGGUAAGUUUACUUAACAGCACACGCAACAUUCUCCGGGCCACCAAGACUCACCAAUUUCCUUUAUAAAGUUCCUCUUUUCCCUAUUUUAGUCAUUGUCCGUUCUUACAGCAAAUUGGAUUUUUCAAAGGUGAAAACCUUUUGAAAAUUAGGAGACUGGAAAAGAGGACCUUUGAAUUAAGAGCACUCUGCUUUGCUGACAUUUUCUACUUAAUGAACAAUAGGGCCUCUGGUUAGCUCGAGAUAGCAACUGCUUCAAAUUUUGUGCUAUUUUGAAUAGAACACUAUCAACCUAAUGAGGUUUUGCUGCACAUACUGUUUUGUCAUUUAAAAAUCUGAAAGCACACAAAAAAGUCAUCAUUAGCCUCACAGAUCCUCAUGUGCAAUAGCAUUCCCUAAAUGUUUUUAAAGGAUGUAUUCUUUUGCCAAGGCCACUUCAUAUGUGCAGUAAAAAUCCCAUUAAAGUACAGGGGCCAGACAAAUCAGACUUUGAAAUGAUGUGAUUUCCAAUUUAAUGAUUUCCUUAUUUAAAAAUAAUAAAGCAUCUAGUUUGCCAAGGAGUCGCAGGUGCUUUCACUAACACACCAAUUUCAAAAAGCUUGGGAAGGCAGUAAUAAGGAGCAAGCCUUGGGCUUCCAUGGCUUCUGUGAUUCAAGGGUCCAUCUUCUGGAAAACACCACAAAGAGCAGCUCCCUGCCUACCUCUUGCCGGCAGGCCCCUGCCUCCACCUGUCUCACUCCCCCUCCCUCCCCUUGCCCUGCUGGCCAGUCCCCUCCUGCACCCAGAGCUGACAGAUUUGCAGGAACCUGGAGGCCCGUGGAAGCAGGGAAGGAGAGAAGUGAAAGGUAGGAGUGAGCAGCAGUAAAAGGUAUUUUUCUCUCUCCUCCCCAACUCCAGUCCAAUUUAGAGAUGACGGGAUAUCAACUUCAAAUUCAACAGGUAAGGAAAAGUGCCAUUUUAUAGCUUAGGAGGAGGUCGGCACCUCAUUUCUUACCCAAAAAGCACCCAAUACAGCCCAUCUUUGGGGACACCUUCAGUCCUGUAGAUACUGUCCACUGAUUGCAGCAGGAAAAAAAAAAAACACUAAAAAAACUUUUACCUAUAAAAUUAUAAGGUGCCUAACAUUGCCUUAUUUUAUACAUAAUUAGCCAAUUAAGCUAAAGUUACUUCAAAAGAUUUUUUUCAUACUACCUUGAAGAAUAAUUUACAAGAUUAAACUAGGCGUUCUUUCUUAGACUUUGCCAAAAUGCUCUUAAAAAUGUCUGAAAUACACCACUUGGAAGAGAAGAAUUAUGCAUCAUCUGGUAAUUGGAACUCUCCAAAAUAAAACCCUCAGAGGUUGUCGGGAUGAAACACAGAGAAUAACAAUUUAUUAACUACUGGACUCGUUUUUUCUCUCACAACUAUCCUCCCCCAUAUUUUGAGGAAAAAAAAAAAAAACAAAAGAAGUGUUUGCCCCUCAUAAUGGUUCUUUUUGGUUAUUGUUUUUUGUUUUUGUUUUUGUUUUUUGCUGUGUUCCUCUUUAAGACAAACCCCAUGCUGUCAGGAGAGGCUUCUCUAAGCAAAACGUCUUUUCCUUCUAGAGCAGACAAAAAGAUUAAAGGAACAGUUGGCUGCCAGCCAGUUACCAAGAUAAGGAGAGAAAAUCUGGUCAGUCAUGGCUUUUAACCCUCUCCCUCCUUAUCUCUGUCUCUCUCGUUUUCUGUGGGCUGGACAGGUGCUCUUGACCCCCCUCAAAGCCCCUCCCAGCUUAGGCACGAGGAGAUGGAAGCAGUGAGCUGCAGAUAGCAGACCAUAGCCUAAAACUUGAAAAGAAGCCCUUGUCAUAAAUUCUUUCCAGUUACUUACAAAGGCUCUCUUCCUCGAUGGCAAAUGCCCAGCUUGUUUACAGCAGUCUUCUGCUAAAAGCAACAAGACUGGCUGAAGGAAGAAGUAGGAAAGCUGCAGUCCACCGAACUUGACCACUGAUUGCCACGUCACUGGCAAGUUCACUGCUCUUUGGUAAGUAGAAUAAGAAUCCUCGGGGUAAAAAUGAAGGCUGCCAGUAGGAAUCAAAUGUUCCCAUCAUUGCCUCCCAAAACUCUUAGAUCUCAAAGUACACACACCAAGAGGAAACCACAUAAUUUCUACACUCACGAGAGGCUCGCUAUGUUUGAAGACUCAUUACUGGAUCUCCCUUGUUCCAAACUGUAGACGGAAACAAGAUUGGUUUUAGCUUGGUGCUUUAAAGUUGAGUGGAUUCCCCACCAUGCUUCAUCUGUGUUACAACUUUAAUGUUAAAAAUUUGGUAUUUUGGUCUGUUUCAGUGGUGUAUUCCCUUCUGUGGUAGUUCUCCUAAAUCUAAGCUGUAACUGUAUAUAAAAUACCAGUGUUCUUGGAGAUAAGGUGCUAGAUAUUAGAUUGUAUGUGUUCAUAGAUAGUGUCAUCCUCAACAAUGGAUAGUUCGUACAUGUAAAGUUAAUAAAAUGCAUGCAGAAUUUCAUGUGUGACCCACACCUUGGUCAGUUUCUGAAGUAGAACAUAGUACAUUCGUUUUUUUAAAAUUUCAUUUUUAAAGUGUAUACUACAGGCUGUAUAAGACGGCUCUUAUACAGUGGGGUAGCAGGUAACAGGUGCCUUUCGUUCCUUAAAUCCCUGGUAGUCUCUGACAGGGGAGAACUUAUUCUAGUACAAUUGAUCAUUAGUGUGAAUUAAUAAUCUUGGCUGAAGUCCUCCCUGGCCGUUCUCCACAACAUGCUUGGCACUGGUAUGCCUGUUGUCCAUUAGGGUGAAUGUACAGAAUGCAAAAUCAAAAAAGACAAUCCUUUCCCCUUCAAAGAGCACAGACCACAGGAGAGGCUAUUGGAGUCCUGUUGACAGGAUUAAAAAAAAAAAAAAUACUGUACUCUCAAGACCCAACCAGUACCUGACCGUGAACUGACAGGACACACAUUUAGCAGAUCUAUAUUGUGCCCAUCCCUCUAUGGCUAGAGCAGCACCCAAACCCAGAAAAAGGCUGCUCUGGGUUUUUCCUUUGAUCGGUCGCCUGAGAGAUGAGCUAGAGCACGGAUGGGUAAAUAACGUAGUGGGACUCCUCCGGGGUUCGCAGCUAAGGUGUUUGAGAAUAUUACAGUCAUGUAUCAACAACAUUUGCAUCAGACGAAAAAGAGAGAACGAUGAGUUUAUUAUAUUUUAAAACAAAAAUAUGAAAACAGAAGACUAUGUAUAUACGUAUACCCUCAUUGAGUAAUUUCUAAAACUGCCUUUAAAAAUCAAAUUUUAUGUGCUCUGAGACUGAAAACCAUAGAAAGAUGCAUUCAGUCAAAAACAGUUCUCUUUAAUAUGUUCAAUUUUGAAUUUAAAAUUUUCCUUUUCCUUUAAAAAAAAUUUGUAAUUUAAAAGUGCCUUUUCAAAGGAUUGCCACAUUACAAUCCUGGGGCCAGGUUCCCCUUGGCACAACUUACCUUCAGGUGCACAAAAGGGGUGGGCUUUAUCCUCCUGCCCCAGCAAGAAGAGAAACCCCUUCACACCCCAGUCAAAUUCAUAAAUCAAUACUGUUACAUGGGCCAGUAGUCUCAGAGACUCUGCCCAAGGACAAGGUUUCAUAUAUUGGUUGGUUUUAAUUGGAUCCUUUCUAAAAUGGUUACAAUGCAUUUUUUUUGCCGGACAGGAAUAAUGGACUCCUGCUUGGGGAAGGCAGAGAGAUUGAUGUUUGUGGCUUAACUAAAUAUUAUUAAGUAAUGUUUGUGUUUCUUAAAUAGGUGCUGUUAAUCUGUCCUUGGUA